UUGAUGUUACCCAUCAAAAGUCAUCCUCUCUUCCCUUCCUUAAUGGCUUUUCUUUAUGGGAAUUAAAAGGGAGGGAUGUUUCUAGACACGUUGGCUUUUGCAGUCUAAAGCACUACAGAGCUCUUUUGUCUCUGAUGGACAGAUACUCUCUGGAAAGAAAGAGAUUAUGGAAAAAGCAAGUCUUUACAAAUGGAAGGCACUCUCGUCUGACAUCCUCAUGAAAUUGUGUACUAAGGUAGGGCAAAUGUGCAAUAAAAUCUUCCCCUAAAAGCACCUAGGAAAAUGGUGGGGAAAGAUGGAGAGUGGAAAAUGUCCUUUGCCCCUGCCAUAAAACGUUAUGCACAAGGCAGGGCCUUGUGUUAAAAGCCUCUCUGAAAGCAUCUCUCUCAUGGCAGGCUUCAAGCAGGAAGAUCGCUAUUUUGCAUGUAAUUUGCAGGCUGUUUUGUUUAAUGGAUCAGUUAACGAUCUGAGUCAGGUUGUUUACUGAAGCAAGCUUGAUUUCUUGCCAAACACAUUUCUCUUGGAAGAUCUCAGGCAUGCUGAGGAGAGGAGGAGCAUCAGAAAAAGCAGGAUUUGUAGCAUCAGAGUUCAUUACAAACAGGGUGUAGGCAAGGGAAGUAGGAACUAGGGUUGAGGAAGAAAUGGAGUAACAGGCAACCAAAGCAGCAGAGAAUGCUGUCCAAGCCAGGAGGGAUAUAAUACUGAAGAUAUCUUCCUACUGUCCAAGAAGAAUGUCACGUCCAGCAAACAGAAGACCAGAGAACCCCAAAAUUGACUGGCAAUUGCCCGCCAUUUCAUCCUCUGCUUCAGCUCAUCACAUGAGCAGAGAGCUUUUUGUGCUCACUUAUGGCGCUUUGGUAGCCCAACUGUGUAAGGAUUAUGAAAAGGAUGAAGAUGUGAACAAAUAUUUGGACAGCAUGGGAUACAGCAUCGGCAUCAGGUUGGUUGAAGAUUUCUUGGCUCGCUCUGCUGCGAAGAAGUGCCGCAGUUAUUCUGAAACUGCAGACAUAAUUGCACAGGUUGCUUUUAAGAUGUAUCUGGGUGUCACCCCUACUGUGACUUGCAGCAAUGCAAUGGGAAAUGAGUUUUCUCUCAUUCUGGGCAAGAAUCCCUUAGUGGACUUUGUGGAGGAGCUACCAGCAAGUCGAUCAUCCCUUUGCUAUUGCAGUCUGUUGUCUGGGACCAUCAGAGGUGCUCUGGAAAUGAUACACCUAACAGCUGAAGUGACUUUCCUUCAAGACACUCUGAAAGGGGAUGAUGUGACAGAAAUUCGAAUCACAUUCUUGAAGAAGCCUGAAACCAAGAAACACAAAAGAAAUAAGUGAAGCUGUUAUCUGAAGUAAUUAUAUAUAUAGGGUCAGCCAAGCCUUUGUAGUUGCCUAGAAAGAGAAACUUUCCAAUCCAGGAAGGACCAUCCACACAGAACAAGGCUCAAAGCAAACUUUUUUCUAGGCCAGGCCAUGCAUGUCCAGAAGCUUGGAGGAGCAAGAAAUUAGCAUGCAUUCCCCGCCCUCCUCCAGGGAAUGUGUAGUAUUCCAAAUGGAUUACCAGAAACUGGGUGAUGAAUAUCUAAGGAAUCUCUGCUCCCUCAAAAAUAUCCUUGCAUGCUGUUUCAUAUUGGAGCUGUGCUCUAUCUGCUUCUCUGAGGUAAAGUACAAUGCAAGGCUGUGAGGGGCAAGGCUUUCUUAGGAGUGGCAUUUUUCCUGAGGAUUUCUUUUCCUGAGGGAUCUUUCUUAGUUUGUAGAAGGCUAGACAAGGAAGUUCUAUGAGAUGCAGCAGGUAGGACUAAAUACAACCUCCAAACCUCCUUUCUGUGGCCAUUACAGGUCCCUUCAAUCAUACCUGCCCCAAAUCAAUGUCAUGAGGUAGGCAAUAUAAAAGAAGAUAAUGCAGCCCUAAAAUAAGUUCAAGAUGCUUUAAAAGCAAAACAAAACAAAGCCCCCUAAUACUUUCCCUCCCCAGAAUCUUGACUGCAUCCAUGACACCAUCCUGAAGACUUUGACUUCUUAUUCUGAGUUUUGCAUUUCUUGGGCCACCAUCAAAAUGUUGCCCACAUCUUUUGUCAGGCUUCUGAGGGAACUGGCUUCUUCUUGGACUAUCUCUGCUGAGAAAAGGACUUGCCCAUUGUUAUUUUUAUUUUAUCCUUUGGAUUUUAAGAUGUGUAUAACUUUUCUUUAAAGAGGUGGAAAGGUUGAAUGAGACACAAUUCAGAAAUAUGUUAUCUGAACCAAACUGUACAUGGACUUAAGAAAUGAUAUGAGGAUGUAAAAUAUAUUUUUCUG